UAUAAUAUGAGGGUUGCAUCCAUCCAAAUCCUGUAACAACAGUUCUGUGCUCUGAUUUAUUUAUUUAUGUAUUUAUUUAUUUAGAUCUGAUUAAUGACAGUAAAAAUGCGUUUUAUUUUAAAGCUCUUCUCACUGAUGCUUAAUCCACAUCCGCGUGCGCCUACAUCAAUGCAGCUUAUUUUCCAAAAGUUGCUGUCCCAUCAUUCCUCGUGGAUGCCUGCUGAUAAAGGGAAAGGCGCUGUCCAAGGUACUGCAUUCUGCCCCUCCCCGGUAGACAACCCGGAGAGACACGUGAUCCACGCUCUGUCUGUGGCUCCUCACAGUCACUGGAUGAACUCAACAGGGAAACCAGAUUGCGCCUCCUCUUCCACGAAGAUAACUGGAUUUUCGCCGCGCGCUUCCCUCUAACUCCAUCCGACAGUCUCGUUUCCUCCGCAGUUAUGUUUGUUUUCAUAUCGGGAGAUACAUUUGGAUGAGCAACAUAUUUCAGGUAAUUUUUUUUUGUCUUUCUGCCACCGAGCCUGUGAGGUUUUUCUUUCUUUAGUGGAGUAAGAGGGAAAGUGGACCUUUUUUUUCCCCUCUUUGCGCAUUUCUCUCGGCUGAUACUGUGAUUCACUUGAAAGCAGACCUUGAUGUGUGGGAUUCACAAGAAGAUCGGAAGCUCUGCAACAGACCGAAAAUACGGAAUGUGUUGAUUAGAAGAAGAGGCUAGAGUUUAAGAUUACAUUUUUGGGUCUCCGGUUUGCAACUAUCUGGGGUCCCGUGGAAGUGGGUGCAUCCGCAAAGAAAGCAUUGACACAGAGGAUUGCCUUGAAACAUUUUUUUUGCUUAUCAGCAAGCAUGGCAUUCUACCCUUUUUCAACUGAGGAAGCAAAGUGAAAAGCCCAAAGCGAGGCUCCCGGUGACUUGGCAUGAACAAAAAGAUUAAAACUGCCAUUUCGACUCAAGUGAAACCGUCUACAAACUAACCAGCAUCAGAAAGAGCUCUCCUAUAAUUGCAUUCAUUAUAAUAAGUGUGCCCAGUGGAUAUCCGGAUCUGUACAUUUUUUCUAACUCAGCCAUGGCAGAGAAGACCUCUGAACAGUUCAAGUUGCUUUGGCGGGAACAGUGAGGGAUUUUGCCAGUGGGCUGGACAGCAUGAAGUAAUGGUGUCGGUUCCAAAACAUAAAUGUUGGCUAAGUCUACUGACGUACAGAUCAGUGAUGAUCUUUAAUCUCUUGUCUUACAAUGUGCCUGUUCAAACCUGUAUCUCCCCAUAGGCAGUCAGUCAAUCCAGCGUUGCUUUUAGUCAGACAAAGGUUCUAAGACUAUCCCUACUCUGUAAAUUCUACAGUUUUUUGAGAUUGUAUUCGUACAGGAUGGUUGUUAAAAAAACUUAUAGUGCCCAGAUCAUGUUGGUCGUGGUGCUUCUUUGCUGUUUUGCAGAAAUAGGCACUUGUUUGGAGUUUACAGGUGCUGAGGGACAGUGGGCGAGGUUUCCAGUGUGGAAUGCAUGUUGUGAAAGUGAAAUGAGCUUCAACAUGAAGACAAAAAGUUCCCAUGGGCUGCUAGUUUACUUUGACGAUGAAGGAUUUUGUGACUUUUUAGAACUUCUGAUCCGAAACGGCAAACUCAGCCUCCGUUUCUCGAUUUUCUGUGCUGAGCCUGCAACCGUCGUAUCUGACACGACGGUCAACGAUAGCCGAUGGCAUACUGUCACGAUAAGGAGAAACUUUAAGAACACUACUCUGAUGGUGGACAAUGAGAUAAAGUGGGUGGAGGUCAUGUCGAAAAGGCGCGACAUGACCGUUUUCAGCCAUUUGUUCGUGGGUGGAAUACCUCCGGAGUUACGCUCUGUGGCGCUGCGUCUGACAUCGGCUGCUGUCAAAGAUGAGCCCCCCUUCACUGGAUGGAUAACAGAUGUGACGGUCAACAACACGGAGUGUGCAAUCGUCAACAGUGAUGGUGUCUUAAUGGACAUCUGUGGUACAACCAACAUGUGCCUAAAUGGAGGAAUCUGCAGUUUGAUUGACAACGAACCAACAUGUGACUGCUCCCACACGGGCUUCCAAGGAAAGGACUGCAGUGAAGAAGACAACUAUACUGAAGGUCUGGCACACCUGAUGAUGGGCGACCAAGAUAAAAUUAAAGGACAAAGAGGGGAAGCUUGGCUUCUAAGGUCCCUACUGAGCACACAAGGAAAAGAAGAAUUCGUUGCAACCUUCAAAGGAUCUGAGUUCUUCUGCUACGAUCUGUCCUUGAACCCGAUUCAAAGCAGCAGUGAUGAAAUCACAUUGUCAUUCAAAACCCUUCAGAGGAAUGGACUGAUGCUGCACACGGGCAAAUCUGCUGAUUACGUCAACCUGGCACUGAAAAAUGGGGCUGUCUCACUCGUCAUUAAUUUGGGGUCUGGAGCCUUUGAAGCUCUUGUGGAGCCAGUCAAUGGGAAAUUUAAUGACAAUGAUUGGCAUGAUGUCAAAGUAACACGGAAUCUACGUCAGCACUCAGGCAUUGGACACGCUAUGGUAACAAUAUCCGUAGAUGGGAUUCUGACCACCACAGGGUAUACACAAGAAGACUACACCAUGUUAGGCUCUGAUGACUUUUUCUAUGUUGGUGGGAGCCCUAGCACAGCUGACCUGCCUGGAUCUCCAGUUAGCAACAACUUCAUGGGCUGCCUGAAGGAGGUUGUCUACAAAAACAACGAUGUGAGGCUCGAGUUGUCCCGGCUCGCAAAACAGGGGGACCCCAAGAUGAAGGUCCACGGGACGGUGGCCUUCAAAUGUGAAAACGUAGCCACUCUGGACCCUAUCACAUUUGAGACGCCCGAAUCUUUCAUCAUUCUGAACAAGUGGAAUGCUAAAAAGACAGGCUCCAUCUCCUUUGACUUCCGCACCACAGAACCCAACGGCCUUCUCCUUUUCAGCCAUGGCAAGCCCAAACAGCAACCCAAGGAUUCCAAGAGUCCCCAAACCUUUAAGGUGGACUUCUUUGCCAUUGAGAUGUUAGAGGGACACUUGUACUUGCUGCUCGACAUGGGCUCAGGAACUACAAAAACCAAGGCAGUGAAUAAGAAAGUCAACGAUGGCGAGUGGUACCAUGUGGACUUCCAGCGUGACGGACGAUCAGGUACCAUCUCCAUCAAUACUCUACGUACUGCCUACACAGCCCCAGGAGAAAGUGAGAUCCUGGACUUGGAUGACAAUCUCUACCUUGGGGGACUGCCAGAAAACAAGAUGGGAUUGGUGUUCCCCACAGAAGUAUGGACUGCCCUACUUAAUUAUGGCUACGUGGGCUGCAUCCGCGAUUUAUUUAUCGAUGGACAGAGUAAGGAUGUCCGACGGCUAGCAGAGAUCCAGAAGGCUGCAGGGGUCAAACCGUCUUGUUCCAAAGAACCGUCCAAACAGUGUUUGAGUAACCCCUGCCAAAACAAUGGAAUCUGCAGAGAGGGUUGGAACCGCUACGUAUGCGACUGUUCUGGAACUGGAUACCUGGGUCGCUCCUGUGAAAGAGAAGCGACAAUCCUCAGCUACGAUGGGAGUAAGUUCAUGAAGGUCCAGCUUCCUGUGGUGAUGCAUACCGAAGCUGAAGACGUGUCUCUACGAUUCCGCUCCCAGAGAGCGUAUGGUAUCCUGAUAGCAACCACAUCUCGAGACUCCGCGGACACCCUACGCCUGGAGUUGGAUAGCGGUCGUGUACGACUGACUGUCAAUUUAGAUUGUAUCAGGAUUAACUGUACCACCAGCAAAGGUCCAGAGACCAUUUUUGCGGGUCAGAAUCUCAAUGAUAACGAAUGGCACACAGUACGUGUCUUCAGAAGAGGCAAGAGUUUGAAACUGACGGUAGACGAUCUUACACCUGUGGAAGGUCAAAUGGCAGGUGACCACACCCAGCUGGAGUUCCAUAACAUUGAGACGGGCAUUGUGACAGAGAAGCGCUUCAUGUCCACAGUGCCCUCCAACUUCAUUGGCCACCUCCAGAGCCUCUCCUUCAAUGGCAUGUCCUACAUAGACCUUUGUAAAAACGGUGACAUUGAUUACUGUGAACUCAAUGCCAUGAUUGGCUUCAAGAACAUCAUAGCCGAUCCCGUCACCUUCAAGUCGCGCUCCAGCUAUGUAACGCUUACUACUCUGCAGGCCUACUAUUCCAUGCACCUAUUCUUUCAGUUCAAAACCACCUCCCCAGACGGCCUGAUCCUGUACAACAGCGGCGAUGGGAAUGACUUCAUUGUUGUGGAGCUUGUCAAAGGCUACCUUCACUAUGUGUCUGACCUGGGGAACGGAGCGCACCUGAUCAAAGGCAACUCAAACAAGCCCCUGAGUGACAACCAAUGGCACAAUGUCAUCAUCUCCAGGGACACAAACAAUCUUCACACGGUCAAGAUUGAUACCAAGAUUACCACGCAGACCACAACAGGAGCCAAGAAUCUGGACCUGAAGGGUAAUCUAUACAUUGGUGGAGUGGCUAAGGACAUGUACAAGGAGCUGCCCAAACUGGUGCACGCCAAGGAGGGAUUUCAAGGUUGUUUGGCAUCAGUGGAUCUGAAUGGUCGCCUCCCAGAUCUGAUGUCAGACGCUCUGGACUGUGUGGGACAGAUAGAGAGAGGAUGUGAAGGCCCCAGCACCACAUGCCAAGAAGACUCGUGUGCCAACCAGGGUGUGUGUCUUCAACAGUGGGAGGGGUUCAGCUGCGACUGCAGCAUGACCACGUUUGGAGGACCGUUGUGUAAUGACGCGGGAACUACAUACAUUUUUGGGCGAGACGGUGGACUGAUCACGUACACCUGGCCCCCAAAUGACCGUCCGAGCACAAGGGCAGAUCGGCUCGCCAUUGGUUUCAGCACACACUUGAAGGACGCUGUCCUAGUGAGGGUGGACAGCUCCUCCGGACUUGGAGACUUCUUAAAGCUCCACAUUGACAAAGGAAAGGUUGCUGUUGUUUUUAAUGUUGGAACAGAUGACAUUAACAUUGAGGAGAAAGCAAAGUUUGUAAAUGAUGGAAAGUACCAUAUAGUCAAGUUUACGAGGAGUGGGGGUAAUGCCACUCUGCAGGUGGAUGACCUGCCUGUCAAUGAGCGCUACCCAACAGGCAACAAUGAUAACGAACGCCUGGCGAUUGCUAGACAGCGAAUCCCAUACCGACUUGGUCGAGUAGUUGACGAAUGGCUACUCGACAAAGGGCGACAGCUUACAAUCUUCAACAGCCAAACCACUAUACAGAUUGGGGGCUGGGAGCGAGAUCGGAGUCAGUCUUUUCAGGGCCAGCUCUCAGGCCUCUACUAUAAUGGCUUAAAGGUGUUCAACAUGGCCGCUGAGGGGGAUUCCAACAUAAAGAUCCAGGGAAGUGUGCGGCUUGUGGGGGAUUCACCUUCCUCUAUCACGCCACAGUCGAGCACCACAGCUAACCGAUCAGAGACGUCCACAUCCAUCAUGGAGAUCACCACUACCACCGCAUCCAGUAGGAGAGUCAAGCAGACAACACCACGAGAGCCUCAGCAGACAACUGACGACUUUCAGGUGGCUUCAGCUGAGUGCCCAAGUGAUGAUGAGGACAUUGAUCCCUGUGAGCCGAGCUCAGGUGGGUUAGCCAAUCCCACUUUUGCUGGACCCAACCCCCCAGAGAUCAUCCGGGAGGCCAGCAGCACCACGGGGAUGGUUGUUGGCAUCGUUGCAGCAGCUGCACUGUGCAUUCUCAUCCUCCUUUAUGCUAUGUACAAAUACCGGAACAGAGACGAGGGUUCAUACCACGUGGACGAAAGUCGCAAUUACAUCAGCAAUUCAGCACAAUCUAACGGCACUGUAGUCAAAGAGAAACCAGUCAACACAGCAAAGACCUCAAGCAAGAACAAAAAGAACAAGGACAAGGAGUACUACGUGUGAUUGCUGGAGCUUUGGUCUUUGCCAGAUCAAACAAAACAUCAGACGAAAAGACAAAUCUUGUCAUCUGUACAGUAUAAAAACAAAGAUGAACAUUAUUUAGUCAUUUUUCCUACGAGACAGUGCUCUACUAAGUAAAGUAAGAAUGAAUGACUCAGUAUGUACUGUCCAGAAAGACACUGAUGGAAAAUGGCUCUGGAAAACACUUAAAAAUGGACCAAAUACAUAUCUAACAUGUCAGACAAACAUUAUUAACCCAUCCGUGACUUGUUCCAUGGCAAGGAAAAUGUGUUCUAACUCCUCGGCAUCUCCAGUAAACAGAGGAGCACAGAUGCACUUUGCAAAUGGAGAUGCAGCAUUACAACGUUGACGUCACAUUUACAUUGCCUGUGUUUGUGCUGUUGAUUAUGGAGAAAAUGCGUAAAUAAAUACAUGCAUACCCCGAGCAUCUGCUGUCAGUCAGGAGGAAGAGCACAAGCACCAGGUAAGGGUUAAACCAGGGAGAACAAAAAAACAAAAAAGAAAAAAAUGAAAGAUCUCCACUGGAUGCAGCCAAAGUUCUCCCUGAAGAAGCAGAACAGGGAUCAAAGACUCAUCCCUGGUUGGUGGAGCCGCUGCAAUGCAGUGAUGACAAUGAGAUGGCUGUUCUCAUGAAAGAGUGCAGUUAAAACGUGUCAGUCGUGCCAGUAAAAAGCGUAGGGGCUUUUGUUUUCAUGUUCGUUUGACCUCAAAGGACAAGGGUUCCCCAGAAACCUGUCUGAGAAAGGGAUCACCUGGGAGCCAUGCACGUAAAAUUAUCUUAUUAACGGUACAAAUGUUUAUAAACGGUACAACCACAUCUAUAUGUGCUUUCUGGACUGUGAAAAAGUGGUGUUUUAUAGCCUGUUGUAUAGACAAUGCAAACUAUAACUGCUCCUCAACCAUUUUUGAAUAAAAUUUUAAAAAGACUAAAAGACAGUAUAAGUGUUAAUAAAUGUUGCUAGACAUAGAAGAUUUUAUGAGAACAUACUUUUUCUUGAGUUGGAUACUAAUUUGAAAUGCCCGUUUUUACAUGUGUUCCUAUAGUUUUUUAUACAAAUCCCAAAUAGACCAGAAAGCAUAUCCGUUCUAAGGAAAACUGCACACGGGUCGCCGGAGAAGAGGUGUGCCAUGAAUGCGUCUCCCUUAAGGAAUCACUGCCUUCCUCCUCAGUCCUGACUUCCACAAGUGAGAAUGAAGAUGAAGAAAGCAAGGAUGAGGACACUGAUAGGAUUACCUGACGGGUUUCUGAACGGUAUAAAACGGACUGCUUGGGCUGAUGCAAAGACUGGAGGAGAAGACGAGCCCAAAUAAGUCUCCAUUUCAACUGUUGUGUGUUUGUUCUGUCAUUCUGUCUGUCACUUCUGCUUUCCAGAGACCUGUAUUGGAGUGACUGUAAGGGAAAAUGACCAUGAACUAUAAAUGAUGAUCAUAAAUUCUCUUUGUUUGCUCCUC